AUGUCCCCGCCUCCCGCAGUCCACUCUGACAGCACUGAGCAGUUCCUUCAGCAGGCAGACAGGCCGCGCUGUGUGAAGGAGAGAAAGUGCAGGUCCUUCCUUCCUGCUGCUGUCACACUUUAUAAUCAGCACUGCUCCAAAUUGGCACACAGAAAGAGUCACCCGGUUAAAUGGCAAUGGGACACCAGGAUCCAGCCAAGUCUCAGUGAAAAGGCCGCUCAGCUCCCGACAUCCCGCUGGAAACCGACGGAGGCACAGAGGCCACCCAGCUCACCGUCCGACGCCUGCUCACUGGCCAGCAGGAUGCCCAGCAGAAAGGUGGCAGUCGGUACUCAAUUUCUCCACGCUUGCCUCACUGCCCCCUCUGAUGUAGAGAUGAAUAUGGACCAGAGAUGUGGUGGAAGCCCGGUGCUCGGAAGCUCCAAUGGCCGCUACAAGUUCAUGUUGCUGACCAAGCCGUUGAACCGGUUCUCGCUGUCGCAUCUCCUCCAGCGGCAGGGCUCCGAGCCGGCCACGAUGGCAAGGCUGUGGCAUCUCAUGCUCCUGUGCUGGGCAUGGAGUCCUCUGUGUCUUCCAUCCAGUGUAAGCUUCCUUGGUACACCGCAGCAAUGUGAAAACGCUCACUUUGUCCCUGGUUACAAUCUGGGUGGAGAAGGCUUCGACAUCGUCACAAUGGAGCGGAAAGGUGCCUAUGUCAUCGACUCUGAAACAUGGAAGCUUGGCAAUGGCACUUGCAGGCUGUACAGAAACAGCAACAUGAAUAGAGAGAGCCAGAAGAUCCCAGUUGCCAUGGAGGACUGGAGAACCCUCCCCAAGUGCAGUUUAAAGGUCUCCGGUAUCCAGUAUGAUUCUGUCGAAACUCUUGUCAAUGAUUCUACAUCAUCCGUGUCCAAUGAUUGGAAAAUUGGCCUUGAAAUCCCUGUACAUCCGUCUGUCACUCUUGGUGUUGGUUUUGGAGGUUCCCACUACAAAGAAUCUACCUUUGCCAUGCAAAAGUCGAAAGAAGACCACUACACCUUCUUUAGACAUUCUGUCUACUGUAGCUUCUACCGCUACAGAAUGGCAACAAAACCUCCACUGAGUCAUGACUUUGAAUCAGCUGUGAACUCCCUUCCGUCCUAUUCACGUAAGACAGAGCCAUCAUAUCGCAGUCUGAUCGACACAUAUGGUACACAUUACAUCACACAAGUGUCUCUGGGAGGGGAAAUAAAAGCAAGCACUGCUGUCCGGACCUGCCAGACAACCAUGAGUGGACUGUCUGCAACAGAAGUCAAAGACUGUUUGUCAGUUGAGGCGUCUGCUAGCUUUGCAAGUACUGCUAGCAUUAAGGCUGAGUACCAACACUGUCAGGCAAAGAAGAAGAAGUUAGGCUCUGGUCAAAGUUUCAGCAGCACAUUUAAUGAACGUAUCACAGAGAUCAUUGGUGGAAACAUCAAUGAGGCUGACAUCCUCUUUGAAGGCCAAUCAAACCCCUCUGUCUAUAGUUACUGGCUUAGCUCACUGAAAACCACACCUGAUGUGGUCCGAUACAACAUAAAUCCCCUGCACACCAUACUGCCAACUGGUCAUAUUGCCAGAGCCGGACUGAAGCAAGAGGUGGAGAAGUACAUCAAGGAAAAUGCAGUGUUGAAAAAAUGCUCAGAAACCUGUAAGAUUGGGCGCAGAUCCAGCAAAAGGGAUCCUUGUGCUUGUGUUUGCAACAGUAGUCAGAAUAUCAAGUCAAACUGCUGUCCUGCUGGGAAAGAUCUUGCAACAUUAAAGGUUUUCAGGCUCUAUGCAGAAGGUCUUUAUGGUGAUAUGACUUCUCAGACAGAUGGUUCAGUGGAGGUUAGUUAUGGUGAUAAGAUUAAGCGUACUGUCAUCAUAAGUAACAAUGACAAUCCUAAAUGGCCAGAGACAUUUGAGUUUGGACCCAUCGUCAUUAACAUGAAAAACCAACUUACGUUCAGUGUUUAUGAUGAGGAUACUUACUGGAACAGUGAUCUGCUUGGUAAGUGUUCAUUUGAUCUGCAUGAAGGAAAAGUGAGCGACAGCUGCAUGUUAAAUCACGGUACCUUCUUCUUCUCCUACAUAGUAGAGUGUGCACCAAGUCUUGGUGGUGACCAGUGUCAAGAAUACAUCCCCUCCCCAAUGAGUUCCUCUUUGGCCAAGGUCUUCCACACUAGAAACGGGGUCCUUCUUGGAGAGACAGGGAAGAGGAAUACUAAAUCAGUCAGUCAGGUUAAGGUCAGCGGACGACAUGAGAUGGGGUGAUGAGAGAAUAAGGAUUUAAGUUUAUGAUUAUCUUGCAUCUAGUUAAUCGCAUAUUUCACACUGUUACUAUUUAUUUAUUUGACUUUUGUUAACAAAAUAAUACAUUGUCAAUUUCUCAAAUGUAAUCCAAAUACUGUAUGUGUUUGUGAGAAAUGUUCUUUUCCUCUGCUUCUUUCUGUUAGUUAAAAAACUCUGCCAAUAAAGCAUCAACAAAGACAA